GUUUUAAAUAAAUUUUUUUCAAUAGUUAUCACUAAAGAUCUAGUGUUAUUUGGAAAAGUUUUUUUAAUUUGUCAAUUUUACCGUGUCAUUCGUUUUCACCAACACAAACAAUUCCAAAAUGGCAGGAGCGACUGAACUCAUUCUUUUGGAGCGGGUAUUUCUCCGCCUUGGUUCUGCAGAGACAGAUGAACAACUUCAAGCGUCAGUAUGUAAAUUUCUACCUCCGGUUUUACUGAAGCUCUCAAGCACUCAGGAAGGUGUGCGAAAAAAAGUCAUGGAGCUGUUAAUUCAUAUUAAUAAGAGAGUUAAAACUCGUCCAUUGGUUCAACUUCCUGUGGAAGCACUUUUACUGCAAUAUCAAGAUCCAGCAGCUAGUUCUUUUGUGAUUAAUUUUACGAUUAUUUACAUUAAAUUGGGAUAUCCUCGAAUGAAUAUCAACAAACAGGCGGAAUUAGUUCCAUGUAUUUUGAAUGCAAUUGAGGGAAAACCCUUAUCUCAUCAAGACAGCUUGUUGCUGAUCAUAAUGCCAGCUUUGGCUCACAUCAAAGUUCCAAUGGAUCCGGAUAAGAGAGGAGCUCUUCUUGGCUUACACGACAAACCGAAUGUUGCUAAACAGCUAAUAAAUUUUAUGCUCGACAUGCUGUUAUUACCAUACGGAACUGUGGGCAAUGUGGAGAAUCAACAAGCCGGUCAGCCGAUUGAUUGGUCACAAUUUCCGGUUCCACCUGGAUUGAGUACAUAUGCUUUUAAAAGAGUUAUUGGCGAAACACCUCCAACUGCCGAGCAACUCGAACAAACUAAAUUGGGAAUUGUGAAAUUUAUUUCCGCCGGUGUUUUCUCCGAUUCGGACAUAUUCAUUCACUUAAUUGUCGCUGCAGCUGAUACAAGAUUUAGUGUCGCGAAUAUGGCCGAUUUAGAGCUGAAGAAAAUAAUUGGAACACUUGAUUGGUCGUCGAUGCAACUUGCUGCUCCUCUUUAUUCUCUAUUUUUGGGAACGGAUGCCUUGGCAACACAAAAGGAAGUAAAACCCGAUAUGAAAAGACUGCCCGCCGGCACACGAAUUCGUCUUAAACUUUUGUAUUAUCUUUGUCGAGUGACAAAGGCGGGUUUUAUUAUUCCACCCUGCAUUCAGGUGGUUUUUGAUUCUCUCUACGGAAGCAAUACUAAUCCAAAACUUAAAACUCUUGCUUUGCAAUUUACAUCUAAUAUCGUUCAACAUUGCAAUUCCACUUCACUGUUGAGAGUGGCCGGUGUAAUUUUGAAUGGAAUAAUGAAAUUAAUAUCCGAAGGAGAUCCUAUUCACAAACCGAAGGCGUACACAAUUGUCGGUCAACUUGGACAAAAAAUACCCGCUCUAAUUAAUAAGGAUUUUAGUCUACUGGAAAAAUUCUUUGAUACUCUCGCAGCUACUGAUGGUGACUUGCGACACACGGUUCGUAAUGCUUUGAUUAGCAUGUCUUCGGCAUUUAUUCUCAAUAAGGAAGAUGAACAGAGUAUUGCACUGAUGAACGCGUUACUGUCCGCUCAUAUAGAAUCGCCAGAAUCACAUGUGAGAUUUGUCGCUGUUCAUUAUGCGGCAACUGUAUUUCCAACGGACGACGCUCCAUCUCGUUAUUUACUUCUUCUUGCAAGUGGCGAUACAAUGCAAGAGGUGAGUUUGGAAGCUCUUAAAGCAUUGUACGGAACGGCUUACAAAAAUGAACGUGAGAAGCAAAAUCUAAAAGAAAUUCCCCUACCGGAAUUCACGAAACUCGUCUCAUAUGUGCAUUUAAAAUCUCGAGCUAAACUGAACACGUCAAAUUCUGGAAAGAAGGAUUCUAUUGUUAAAAGUCUGCCUUAUAAUAAUGCGGCAUUUACAGAGAUCGUUCUCUAUUUGCGCUUAUCUCUCGCUAAAAGCGCGGAUGUUACAGCGCAAGGUGAACAAAUUCAACAUCCUUGCGAAUACAGUCCAUUGAUUGGACGUUAUCUGGAAAAAUUGGUAAAGGAACAACCGGAAAUUUUUAAUAAUUAUCUCAGUUUUCUCAAUAUUCGAAUUGGUCAAUCAAAGGAAGCUGAUGAAGUUUCACUGAAUGCAUUAUUGGAAAUUCUUGGAACAAUGUCACCGGAAAUAUCGAAACGCUACGAAAAAGAUUUGCCAUGGUUGAAAAAAUUGCAAGGAUCAACGAAAGAAAAUAUUCGAGAAUUAAGUGCCAAGAUUUAUGCCUUUAUUGUCGCCUAUUUGCCUUUAAAUGAAUUUGAAAGUCAGUUGGCGGAGAUUGUGAAUUGCACAAAAAAUAAAGUACUUGAAAUUCAACAUGGUGCAUUGUUGGCUCUCUCGUACAUGAUCGAGCAGAAAUUAUUGUCCUUAAAACAAACGAAUGUCGAAGAGAUUUCUAAUUUAAAGGUCUAUAAUGUUGCAGUUGAAACAAUGUGUUCAUUUUUAACUGAUAAUAAUCCACUGCUAAUGAGUGCUGCCUCGCAAGGAAUUGGAAUAAUGGGCAAAACGUUUGCUUUGCCAUUGUCGAAUAAUAGUGAGAAGGGUUUUAAUAAAAUGUACAUUGUCGAGAAAUUAUUUUCCAUUUUUGAGAAUCCGAAAUUGAAUAAUAAAAUCAAGGAGACUGCAAUUAUCGCUUUAGGAUUUUUGUGUAUCGGCGAAGAAUUUCCACAUACAAAAUUUAUUGCUGAAAAAAUUCUCACUGUCGCUAAAGACACUAAAGAUGUUGAGAUUCAUCUUACUCUCAGUGAGGCGUUAAUUUGUUGCGUUCAAGGACCAGCGUCAUUGGAUGCAAGAAAUAUUUGGAAAUUACUUCCCGAUGAAUAUAAAAUUCCAUUCAGCAAAGCCAGCGAUGAGCUUCUUGCUUCUAUUUUAUUGAAAAUGGUCCAAGUCGUGAAAGAGCCACAUCCAAACAUGAGACAGGCCGUAUGCAUAAGUUUACUGUCCUUGGUAAAAUACAAUGCCGAACGAAGUUGUAUAAAGGAAAAUUUAGCAACUCUCCAAAGUUCGUUUAUGGAUCUACUUUCAGAGAGUAAUGAAUUCGUGCAAGAUGCGGCGUCGAAAGGUCUUUAUUUGGUUUAUAAUUCGAGUGAAGAGAAUAAUCGUGAUUCUCUAGUUUCCAAUUUAUUAGAGCAGUUUGUUCACGGUCGAAGAGACGGAAUAAAAGUAACAUCUGACACGGUUUUAUUCGAAAAUAAUGAAAUGGGAAAAAGUCCUCUGGGAGGAAAUUUGUCAACUUAUCGCGAAAUAUGCUCAUUAGCUUCUGAUUUGAAUAAUCCAAAAAUGAUGUAUCAAUUCUUGCAUUUAGCGAAUCAUAAUGCAGUUUGGAAUUCAAAGAAAGGCGCUGCUUAUGGAUUCUCGGCAUUUGCUGCCCUUGAUACUGCCGAUUUGAAAAAAUAUCUUCCAAUUAUUGUACCUAAAUUGUAUAGGUAUCAAUUUGAUCCCACGCCAAAGACGCAACAAAGUAUGACGAGCAUUUGGCGUGCAAUUGUCCCUUCUACUAAUAAAGCUAUUGAGGAAUAUCAUAAGGAAAUUUUGGAAGAUUUGACCAUUAAUUUGACUGAUGGACAAUGGCGUGUGCGUAAAAGUUGUUGUCACGCUUUAUCUGAAUUACUUCGUUCAGGUGCGCCAAUUAAUUUAGCUGACAAAGUGUCGGAACUGUGGAAGCAACUUUUCCGUGUAAUGGACGAUAUUCACGAGGCUACCAGAUUAGCUGCUGCAAACACUGCCAAAAUAUUCAGUAACUACUGCAUUCGUCGAUGCGAUGCAUCGCAUGGAAAAGCGGGCGAAGAAGUGUUACAAGCCGUACUGCCAGUUUUAAUAGACGUUGGAAUAUCGCAUAAUUUGAGUGCAGUGAGGACAAUUUCAUUACAAACUGUAUCACAACUUGUGACAGCAGCUGGCAUUUUAUUGAAACCGUCUCUAGUUAAUUUAAUACCUGCAUUAUUAAAUGCAGCUGGAGAAUUGGAUAGUCCUGGUCUCACUUAUUUUCGAAAUGCAUAUUGUACCUCGCAAGAAACACAGGAGGCUUUUGAUACAAAGAGAGCGAGCGAGGCUAAAAGCCACUAUUCAACAGAGACAAUUACAAAAUGCAUUCCCUUCAUCGAUGCUGCAAUUCUCAAAGAAUUAAUGCCCAAAGUAACAGACAUUAUAAAAUCAAGCAUAGGACUUGGGAUUAAAGUCGCUUGUUCUCAUUUCAUUAUUCUCACGACUGCACAUUUGAAGACGGAAUUACAACAAUAUGCAGGUAAAAUUCUGACAACACUUCUUAACGGUCUCACCGAUCGCAAUAUAUCGAUAAGAAAAAAUAAUGCAAACACAAUUGGCCACGUGGUGGGCUGUGCUAAAGAAUCCAGUGUUCAAAAAUUAUUGAAUACUUUAAAUAAAUGGUACAUGGAAAGAGAAGAUGAUUCAAUUCGACUUGCAAUAGGACAAACUCUGCAAUCAAUAAACAAUAAUAAUCAAGAAAUUACGAAGACAUACACAAACAUAGUUUUACCUUUAACAUUUUUCGCUAUGCAUGCUGAAAAAGUAGCAGGAAACGAAGCGACAAUUGAAGUUUGGAGUGAUUUGUGGUCUGAGAUUUCGCCCGGAACGGAAACUGGAAUUCGACAAAAUUUAAGUGCCAUUUUAGAUAUUUUGAAAACAGCUCUAGAAUCAGCCUCAUGGACAACAAAAGCACAAGCUGCAAAUGCCGUUUCUACUGUCGCAACAAAAUUGGGAUCAACUAUCGAUGACAGUUCCAGAGAAAUAUUAUUGAAUAUUCUGACAAAUGGAUUACAGGGAAGAACAUGGAAUGGAAAAGAACGUCUUUUAAAUGCUCUUUCUUUACUUGCCUGCAACAGCAAAGAAGCAUUGAGUAAGGACAGUAAAUUGACAGAAGAAGUUUUGGGAAUUUUAUAUAAAGAGAGUAAGAAAGAAUCUUUAGAGUAUCGUCGAUAUGCUUUAAAAGCCUAUUCAGACGUUUUACACGAGCUGGAUAUUAAUAGAUUUACUCAAAUCUAUGAUAUAGCUCAGGAUGUUUUACCCAAGCUCUCGAGCAAAAUCGAUGACGAUGAUGAUGACAAUGAUGUUUCAAGAAGCGAAAAUUCGAAAAAAGUUGAAGAUAAAUUGAAAUUGCAAGAAACUAUUUAUGAAUCUUUGGGAAAAGCAUGGCCUUCUUGCAAAGAAACUCAAGAUAAAUACUGCUUGCAAUUUGUUUCACAUUGUAAUGAUGUACUGUCAACCAGUACUCGAGUCGUUCAAGUUGCUAUUUUAACGACUUUAAAUCUUUUUGUUGAUAAACUUAUUUUGUUUAAAAUUCCUGCUGCAGAAAGUGAUCCAGAAAUGUUGAACACUGUUUAUGAAACAUUGGAAAAAAUUCUGAUACAAUCAAUAAACGUCUCAAAAUACACGAGAAUAAAAAAAGAAGCGCUGAAUAUAAUUUUAUCACUCUCAAGAAAAAUGACUGAAACAAAUAAUAGUAAACAAUUGGAAAAAAUAACUGCUCUUUUCAAGGAAUUUCUUCCUGAAUUGUCAAAGGACAAUCAGCCGGAAAUUCGUACUAGGGUAGUUGACAUUAAAAACAUGCUUAAAAUUUAAUCAAAGCAAAAUGAAGAAACUUUCUUCAUUUAAGAAAAACGCAUUAUUUCCAUUUUCAAUGUCAUAUAAACUACGAUGUACUAUUUGAAUUUUUAAACGUAUAUGAAAUAAUCAAUUUUAAAUCACGUAGUCAAUUUUUUUUUUUUCGAUUAAUUAAAUGUUGGCAGCUAAAUAAUCAUAUUUUUUAAUUAUUAUAUCUUCCAUUGAUUCAAGAUAGAGAAUAAUUGGCAAAUGUUUUUUUUUCUUUUUGAUAAAACUUAUAUUUGUUACCU